AUAGAUGGGGGCGCCCUAACUGACACUAGUCUCACGGACUCCUAUUUCAGCACCAGCUUUAUUGGAGUCAAUGGAUUUGGAAGCCCCGUAGAAACAAAAUAUCCUUUGAUGCAGAGAAUGACUAAUAGUAGCAGCUCGCCAAGCCUUCUAAAUGACAGUGCCAAGCCAUAUGCAGGCCAUGAUGCUCUAACUUCACCUGCUUCAUCCUUGUUUAAUGACUUUGGUGCCCUCAACAUCUCUCAGAGAAGAAAGCCAAGGAAGUGUCGCCUGGGGAUGCUGGAAGAGAGGCUAGUUCCCAUGGGAUCAAAGGCCCGGAAAGCAAAGAACCCUAUUGGCUGCCUUGCUGACAGAUGUAAAUCAGGAGUACCCAUCAAUAUGGUUUGGUGGAACAGAGUCACAGAAAACAAUUUACAGACACCAAAUCCUACUGCCAGCGAGUUUAUUCCUAAAGGAGGAUCGACCUCCACGCUGAGUAACGUGUCCCAGUCCAGUAUGUCUGCGUUUUCUCAAGUCUCUCACCCAGCCCUGGGAAGCCCCGCCACCGCUGGAUUAGCACCAGGGAACACGCUCUACCCUCUGAGUCAGCCCUGGACUUGAAGAUAAACCCUACAACUGACUGACCCGAGUAAAGGAUGGAUAGUUGGGGCAGCGUUGGACAGCUCUGUGAGGGGUAUGUCGCUGUCUGCCGGAUCUUCCCCUCUGCACUCCCCUAAGAUCACUCCGCAGACGUCUCCCGCGCCGAGGAGGAGGAGCCACACCCCCAACCCAGCCAGUUACAUGGUGCCUUGCAGUGCCUCCACGCCGGGUAGUAACCCUGGUCCACAGACAUCGGCCUCCGGUCAGGUGAUCCAAAAGGAAACUGUAGGUGGGACGACGUACUUCUAUACGGACACCACUCCGGCUCCUGUCACUGGAAUGGUAUUUCCAAACUAUCAUAUUUAUCCUCCAACUGCACCUCACGUUGCUUAUAUGCAACCCAAAGCAAAUGCACCUUCCUUCUUCAUGGCUGACGAACUCCGACAGGAGCUGAUCAACAGACACUUAAUAACAAUGGCUCAAAUUGAUCAAGCAGAUAUGCCAGCCGUCCCUUCGGAAGUGGACAGCUACCACAGCCUCUUCCCUCUCGAACCACUGCCACCCCCCAACCGGAUACAGAAGUCAAGUAACUUUGGGUACAUCACGUCUUGCUACAAAGCUGUAAAUAGUAAAGACGAUCUGCCAUACUGCCUUCGGAGGAUACAUGGUUUUCGUCUUGUUAACACAAAGUGCAUGGUGUUGGUUGACAUGUGGAAAAAAAUCCAGCACUCCAACAUUGUAACAUUGCGGGAAGUCUUUACCACGAAAGCUUUUGCAGAGCCUUCUCUGGUGUUUGCCUAUGACUUCCAUGCUGGAGGAGAGACGAUGAUGAGCAGGCACUUCAACGACCCCAAUGCCGAUGCCUAUUUCACCAAGAGAAAGUGGGGUCAACACGAUGGCCCAUUGCCCAGACAGCAUGCUGGGUUGCUGCCUGAGUCUCUCAUCUGGGCGUACAUCGUCCAGCUGAGCUCUGCACUGCGCACCAUUCAUACAGCAGGUUUGGCAUGUCGAGUGAUGGACCCAACGAAGAUUCUGAUCACUGGCAAAACCAGGUUACGAGUAAAUUGUGUUGGAGUUUGUGAUGUUUUAACAUUUGAUAACAGUCAGAAUAAUAACCCGUUGGCGUUAAUGGCUCAGUACCAGCAAGCGGACCUGAUUUCACUGGGAAAGGUCGUGCUGGCUUUGGCUUGCAACUCCUUGGCAGGAAUCCAGCGUGAGAGUUUACAGAAAGCUGUGGAGCUGGUCACGAUCAACUACUCCUCCGACCUGAAGAACCUGAUUCUGUAUUUGUUGACUGACCAAAACAGGAUGCGGAGUGUAAAUGACAUCAUGCCUAUGAUUGGAGCUCGGUUUUAUACUCAGUUGGAUGCUGCUCAGAUGAGGAACGACGUGAUCGAGGAAGAUCUGGCUAAGGAGCUUCAGAACGGAAGAUUGUUCAGGCUCGUAGCAAAACUGGGCACAAUCACGGAGAGACCAGAGUUCCAGAAGGACCCUACGUGGUCAGAAACUGGAGACCGUUACCUGUUGAAACUUUUUCGGGAUCAUCUCUUCCACCAGGUGACGGAAGCGGGGGCUCCCUGGAUUGAUCUCAGUCACAUCAUUUCUUGUCUUAACAAGCUGGAUGCCGGCGUUCCCGAGAAGAUAAGCCUCAUCUCCCGAGAUGAAAAGAGUGUCCUUGUGGUGACUUACAGUGACUUGAAGCGCUGCUUUGAAAACACUUUUCAAGAACUGAUUGCAGCGGCCAGUGGUCAGUUGUAGCAGUUGCU